AUGGAGGAAUUCCAUUUGUAUGCAUUACUUGUAACCCUCACACUCAUUAUCCCCGCAUUUCUCUUCACCUUCAAUCCCAAGAACAUCAAGAAGAAGUCACCCCCCUCUCCUCCCACCCUCCCCAUCAUCGGCAACCUCCACCAGCUCGGCCCGAUUAUCCACCGCAGCCUCCACCACCUCUCCCAGACCUACGGACCCGUCAUGCUCCUCAAAUUCGGCUCCAAGCCCGUCCUCGUCAUCUCCUCCGCCGACGCGGCCCGCGAGGCCACACGCACCCAUGACCUCGCCUUCUCAAACCGGCCCGACCUCCGCACCAUGCGCCAGCUGUUCUGCGACCUCAAGGACCCCAUCAACCUCCCGUACGGCGACAAGUGGCGCGCGCUGAGGGCCAUCUUCGUGCACGAGCUCUUGGGGCCCGCUCGCGUCCGCUCGUUCGACUCCGUCCGUGAGUCCGAGGUGUCACUGCUCAUGGAAAGGCUGGGCCGGAGGAGCCCGGCCCGGCCCGCCGACUUGACUGCUGAGUUCGCGACGCUUAACAACAACCUCAUCUGCAGGACGGCAUUCGGGGAGAAGACGGUGAACGUGGAGAGGGUGUUGGAAGUCAUAGACCGGGUUGUGGAUAUGUUGUCCAAGUUCAGGGUGGGGGAUUUCGUGCCGUGGCUGGCAUGGAUUGACGGGCUUACCGGGUUCGACGCGGCCCGCGCGCACCUGUCGCGGGAUAUCGACGAUAUCUUAGAGACGGUGCUCGAGGAUCACUUGUCUCGGAAAGAAGGCGUGGAUAAGGAUAACUUUAUGGAUAUACUGCUCGGGAUAUAUAAGGGAGACGUUCGGGGCGUGUCGAUCGACCGCGUUACCGUCAAAGCCAUGAUUUUUGAUGUUAUAGGGGCGGGAACCGAAACAUCGGCAAAGGCUCUAAUGUGGAUUAUGACCGAGCUGAUUCGACACCCACACGUCAUGAAGAAACUACAAGAUGAAGUCCGAGGAGUGACCGAGGGCAAAACGGUCAUAACUGAGGACGACAUCCAGAGAAUGCCGUACCUCAAGGCUGUGAUCAAGGAGAGUCUGCGGAUCCACCCGCCAUUUCCCAUCUACCUGCACGAGGCCCGAGAGCACGUGAACUUCAUGGGGUACGACGUGGAGCCCGAGACGAUUGUCCUGAUGAACGUGUGGGCCAUCGGGCAGGACCGAGCCUUUUGGAAGGAUCCGGAGAGGUUCAUUCCCGAGAGAUUCGUGGACUCGUCAGUCGACUACAGGGGGUUCGACUUCCAGUUGCUUCCGUUCGGGGCUGGCCGGAGGAUCUGCCCCGGAAUAGGGUUUGCGGCCAUGGGCAUGGAGCACACGGUGGCGAACCUUGUGAAAAACUUUGACUUUGAGCUGCCGGGUGGGGCCCGAGUGGAGGACCUGGAUGUGACCGAGAGGCCUGGGUUUGCCGUUGGGAAGAAGGAGCCUCUCGUCGUUGUGCCCAGGCGCGUGGAGGUUGGAAGUAGGAGUGGUUUGGAGGAAUAAAUGGGAUGCAAUAAUUAGACCUCAUGCAUGGCGUGUUAUUUGGGUUAUGCUUCAAUAAUUAAAGAUGAUAAACGUGCGUGUAAG